GCCUCUUGUCUCGGCGCAUCUAAACCCCAGAACCCCCCUCUAGUCUCUCCCUCUCUCCGAGGUUUUUAGGGUUUCGCAUCCGCCGCCACCGGAACCGGGGAUACUUCGCGAUGCAGCCGCCGUACCAGCCGCCGAUGAACGGGCAGCACGCGCCCCCGCAGGCUCCGCCGCAGUCCUCUGGUCCUCCGCCUCCGCCUCCGCAGCAGCAGGUCCCCCCGCCGCAGCAGUACUACCAGGCGCCACCGCAGUACUACCAGCCGGGACCUCCGCCGCCGAUGUGGGGCCAUCCGCAGCAGCAUAUGCCUCCGCAGUACGCCCCCCCACCGCAGCAGUACGCGCCUCCGCCCCCUCACCAGUACGGGCCACCACCGCAGCAGUACGCGCAGCCGCCGCCGCAGCAGUACGGAGCGCAGAUGGCGGGCGGGCCCGCGCCCGGAGGCGAGGAUAUCAGGUCCCUGUGGAUUGGAGAUCUCCAGUACUGGAUGGAUGAGGCCUACCUCCAUAACGCUUUUGCGCCCAUGGGGCCGCAGCAGGUUGCCUCAGUGAAAAUUAUCCGCAACAAGCAAACUGGACAGCCAGAGGGUUAUGGUUUUAUUGAAUUUCACUCUCGAGCUGCUGCAGAAUAUGCCCUGGCGUCCUUUAAUGGGCAUGCGAUGCCUAAUGUUGAUCUGCCUUUUAAACUAAACUGGGCUUCUGCUAGCGCUGGUGAUAGGCGUGGGGAUGAUGGUUCUGAUCACACAAUAUUUGUUGGUGAUUUGGCUUCUGAUGUUACUGACUCCAUGCUGCAAGAAAUAUUCAAAGCCAGCUACCCUUCAGUUAGAGGAGCUAACGUUGUUACCGACAGGGCAACAGGACGCUCCAAAGGAUACGGUUUUGUACGUUUUGGGGAUGUAAAUGAGCAGACACGUGCUAUGACUGAGAUGAAUGGUGUGACAUUGUCUUCAAGGCAAUUGAGGAUUGGGCCUGCGGCCAACAAGAAGAAUAUGGGUACUCAGCAGACAUAUUCGACUAAUGGGUACCAGUCCCAGAGCUCUCAAGGAAAUGAUGUUCAGAAUGAUCCCAAUAAUACUACAAUCUUUGUGGGCGGGUUAGAUUCCAAUAUAGAUGAGAACUAUCUAAGGCAAGUUUUUACUCCAUAUGGCGAAGUUGGUUAUGUGAAGAUUCCUGUAGGCAAGCGUUGUGGAUUUGUCCAAUUUACCAGCAGGUCAUGCGCUGAGGAAGCCAUCAAUGCGCUGAACGGGACCCCGAUUGGCGGGAAUAAUGUUCGUCUUUCAUGGGGCCGUAGUACCCAAAACAAACAGGCUCCCCAGCAGGAUGCAAACCAGGGUAAUGGCAGCAAUUACUAUGGAUACCAACAGGGUAAUGAUGCUUACUAUGGUGCACCCAAUGCGCAAGAUCCUAGCAUGCAAAACUAUGGAUAUUCUGGUUAUGGCAAUUACGAGCAGCAGCAGCCAGCACAGCAGCAGCAACCACCGCCUUCUCAGCAGCAGCAGCAGCAGCCCCCACAGCAGUGACCAUCGGGCGAUGCAUCAGUCAGAUUGCCAGGAUGAGGGUUGCAUGGCAUGAAUAGCACCACCUCAUGAGUUAUCAUAUAGUGAUCCCUGUUUGUAAGCCGAGUCGUACUAGAACUUUGACGGUAGCUCUAGUUUUAUUUUGUGCUUCUCGGGGUGCUAAAUUAUCAAACUAGUUCAUGACUGAAUUAUGGAUAUUAAUGUUCUGUGGAUCAUCGGUUGGCUUGUUCAA